UGGGCCUGUCAGCGCGGCGGGAGAAUUGGCAAGGCGCGAAGGCGCUGGCGGGCAAUCACAGGCGAGAAGUUUGGAAGACUCACACUUUUCGCCCAACUCACACCUCUCGCUAGGAUAGGGCAUUAUAGAUUCUUGCCAUCAGGGCGAGAAGUGUGAGUGAUCGGAAAGUGUGAGUCCCCCGUAGCAAUAAGUUUGCAAUACAUCAUACUAGCUUACAAGCUGAGUGCUGCAAGCCGAAGGAGGAGGAAAGCGCUCCAAACCAAAUUAAUAUCAUUGUUCAUCUUCUGUACUUCCUGGUUCCUGCCGUCGAGGACUCCACCUCGAGAUGGAUCUCUACAAGCAAAUGGAAAUUAUCGACAAGCGCAACAAAUUGUGCAAAGUGGGCAAUGCACCAAUUACCAAGAAGUCUUGGAAAGCCAAAACAUCACAUAUACUGCAAUUCAACCUUCCACUUUUACAAAAUGAUGAAGACCUCGAAUUCAGUUUGCGUCAGGUGCUAGACAGGAAGCGAGCCUUAUACAAGAUUAUGUAUCCAUUCCUAACACUGGAUCAAAUCCAGAAGAAGGCCAUUGACUCUCUUGGAUUAAAAGGAGUGAAAAACAACUUUGGUGCCAAAAAUUCGGCUUAUCCAGGGCUCAUUCCCUCAGUUACUGUGCACCCAGCUAUGAUGCUUGAUUUCCAUUCUUACUACCAAAGCUGCGUGGUAGCUGUAGACCAAAGUGGUCCAGACUUGAUGCACAGCAGGUCGUCAUCGUUCAGAUCCUCCUGUGAUGUGUCUCCCGCUGCUAAGAUUUCUGUCUCUCUCAUUUCACCUGGGGCAGACAAAAAUGACAAAAAUAAAGAUAGCCAAGUCUUCAAAGUGCCUCAAACACCACCACCCACCAAAGCCAAAAUAUAUAAAACACCAGUCACUGCUGCAAAGGAAAUUGAAUCUUCCCCCUCGUCAGCCUCAAUUGAAUCGGCUUAUAGCCUGUUUGCUGACCUGCCAGAGUCCCCCAAGCCAAAGCCCAAGGCUUGCAAAAGUCUGGGGACUGUUGUUAGGAAGAGACUGAUUGGAGAUGAUUCCGACCAUGAUGUCAGUGAAUGCAAUACUCCAGCUUCCAGUUUGAAAACAAGAAGAAAAUCAACUCCUGGCAACUUGUACCACUCAUCUCCAAUGAAGCCCAGAAUCCAGAAGAUCACACCAAAGUUCCUUUGCCAGUCUGAAAGCAGCAUUUCCGCGGACGAGGACAGAGCUAGAUUCCAAAAAUCUAUGGCUGCCAUGACGAGAAAGAGAACUCUGCGUGGCACUCCGUUGCCUGCCUUCGCCAUGCCCAAACGACGGGCUCCAACUCCUCUGGUGGAGCGCAAUACCCAGUCGAAGCUACGACAACUAACACCCUUGAAGAGAAGAUUUUCUCUGGGUUCCGAGAUGACAUGCCAAGACUCACUUUUUGGCAACCAGACGCGUGCUCUCAAAUCUGCUUGUGACUUGAGCAAUCUGAUUUCGCUGGGACAGACAGACGAGAAUUUUGCUCCUCUGUGUGAAUUUGAAGAGCAGGCAGACGACGUCAACAAUGGCUUCACUGCAGAGCAAUCUGAUGAACAAUAUCUCCAGGAGGAUAGUGAGACCACAGAGGAUGAUCAAUUUGGCCUUCCAACCACCAACUACGUUGACAAGGUGACCAAUUUUUUGAUCCAGUUGGAGUCUGAGAAACAUCCAGUUCCGAUGGAUAGUGCACCUGAAUAUUCUUCACCUGAAAUAUGAAUUUUCUUAUUUGUGUGUGAUACACACAACAUGCAUUUCUUCUGUCUAAGUUAGCUGAUAAAUAUAUGCCUCACUUUUGCAUUAAAGUGCUCAUUGUUAUUAAUUUAAUUCUUGAGAUGGUUUGAGAAAAUCAUAAAUUUAAAUUUGUCAGCCUUCUGUUUGUAAUGGAUAUUUAACAGUGAAAUAAAAUUUUUACUCAACGUA